AUGUAUGUACACACGUAAUAGAUCAUAAACUGCCAAAAUAGAGAAGUAUAGGAGAGGACAAUUUUUGUAAAUAUCUGAAACUAUGAAGUAUGUUUAGGCUGAUAAAAUAGCAAUUAUGCAGCAGUCCAAAAUCCUUGUCAGAUAAAGAUUAAAAAUUUAGAAGUGUAACUAAUUCAGGAUCAAUAAUGAUAAGUCGAAAUUUAUCGGAGUUUCGUCGAUGGAGAAAUUUUGCCGGUUUGCCUUAUGCGGCUAAAAAUUUGCAUUCAUCCUGCUAUCAAUGUUUGCGUAGUAAUAUCUUAUCAAACGUGCCAGUAAAACUUGCCUAUGCUUCAUAUGAAUCAGUAAAUGGGACUGAGCAAGAUGCAAAGCAGCCCAUUAUGAUAAUGCAUGGCCUCUUUGGCUCUAAAAACAACUGGAACUCAUUGUCAAAAGCAAUUCAUCAAAAAACCAAGCGCAAGGUCAUAGCAGUGGAUGCCAGAAAUCAUGGUGACUCUCCACAUUCAUCGAACAUGUCGUACAAGGAUAUGGCGGAGGAUGUUAUUCAACUUCUGACAGAUCUGGGCUUGGAAAGAGCUGUUUUAGUCGGCCAUAGUAUGGGUGGCUCAGCCAUGAUGUACACUGCUUUAAAUUUUCCACAAUAUGUCGAGAAGUUAGCAGUUGUAGAUAUGUCUCCUGUAAGAACCAGCCCUAGUCUUGCGCAGAUGGCAAAGAUCUUUGAAGCCAUGCGUUUGGUAACGGUGGAUGGAACCCCUACCUUAUCAAAGGCACGCAAAAUAGUGGACCAACAACUUGCAAAGUCCAUUAAAUCUAGCGCUUUACGUCAGUUUCUGACGACGAACCUAGUGGAGGCAGAUUCGGGAAAGUACAAGUGGCGAGUUAACUUACCAGUGUUGGAACAGGCGUUUCCAACUCGGAUAGCUGUAUUUCCCAAUGUAGAAACAAAAAUGUACAAGAGCCCUACGUUAUUCAUAGGUGGUGCUAAUAGUGAUUAUAUUCGAGUACAGGAUCAUGAUACUAUCAAGAAGUUAUUUCCUUUGGCAGAAUUUCGUUACAUAGAUGGGGCGGAUCAUUGGGUUCACGCGGACAAACCGAUCGAAUUUGUUGAACUUUUAACAAAUUUUAUAAAUUAUCCAACCUUGUGAUAUUUGUAGAUAUCUAAAAAGUAAUUAUAAAUUGUCCAUUGUAAAUAUAUACAUUUAUUUUGAGUGAACUCCAAAUUACAGAACAAUGUGGAAAGUAUUAAACAAUCGUGUAGUUGUGUAAGAAUGAAAAGAAAUUGCAGUAAAAAGCGCUACUGAGCACUGAAAAACGCGGAUUUUUUUAUCCAUUCCUUUCCAGUUUUAUAGUUUUACAUGGAUGGCCGUGGAAAUUGCACUGUAUAGGCUGCAUUGUAAAGAUUAAAGAGUAAAAGUUUAUAGAACCAGACAUGGAUCCACUCAAAGGCCAUAUCGUUCAAUGUGCUAUAUAUUUAAAUUACGAUACGAACGUAUCGUACAAGAACAAACGUCAAUAAAACAUCUCGUAAAAUUAAGUACAUCUUUGAUAAUCAACUUUACAUAAAUAAAAAAAAAAUAAAAAAA